UAUUGUGCACUAAAAUAACCAACCGAUACAUAUUUCAUUUUGUAAGUCGCAGCCUGUUUUGUUAUUUCAAAGACAGCCGCAUAUAUACCAGAAAAUGAAAAAGAGUAACAAGAAUAUCAUCCGGAUUCUGUGUGUACUGGUGUUGAUUUAUAUUUUCUGCACCCCUUUCAGAAGGCAAAAUGACAAGACAAUGGAAAAUAAUUAUGGACGUAUGAAGACCUACAUCGAUGCAGAUGUUGUUCAUCCCCAGCCUGAUAAUUCGCUUGCCUGUGUUGAAAAUGGGGAAAAUGUGUUUUUGUUCAUAAUGAUACCCAGCGCCAUUACAAACUUUGAACAAAGAAACGUCAUUAGGAGAUCCUGGGGCGACGUCUCAAAAGUUCGACCAAACGUUGUGGUCAGGUUCAUCGUAGGCAGGUCUGAGCAGCCAUUUCUACAGGAACUGGUGCUAAAAGAGAAUCGCAUCCAUCAUGAUUUGGUCAUUAAAGAUAUUCCCGAAUUCUACGAAAAUCUUACUCAGAAAUCCGUGGCUAUGUUGAGUUGGAUCGUGUCGUACUGUUCCCGAGCUCGCUACUUUCUUAAAAUAGAUGAUGACAUGUUUUUAAAUCUUCCCAGACUUUUAAACUUUCUUAGUAACCAUGCACAAACAAAUUCAAUCGUAGGGUGCAAAUACGAGCAUUCAAAACCGCGUCGAUAUCCAUUCUCAAAAUGGCGGGUUUCCUGGGAACAAUACAGCAAAAGCGAGUACCCAGUUUACGUCUCUGGACCGGCUUACGUAAUCUCCGGAGAUAUUAUAUCCAAACUCUACCAAGCUACGAAGGAAGUUCCCCAGUUUGUGUUCGAGGAUGUUUACAUAACGGGCAUGUGCAGGAAGCAUAUCGGGGCCCUCGCAAAAUCGCACCCAGAAUUCACAUGUGGCUACCGUGACGUAGCUCCGUGUGGAAGCCACUUUCGAAACCAAAUAACAGGCCACCACUACAGUCCCACCGAAAUCGGUCGGAUGUGGACAGAACUCCAAGACAGGGGGUCCACCUGUCGCUUGAUUGACAGUUUCGGGAUUUACAUAAUAGUUGAUUUAUUAAAAUGGAUAUUUCUAUGA